GCCUGGGGAGCGGCAGGGACGAGAUGGCCCUGGGAGGACAGCAGCAGGGGACAGACCGUGACUGCACCUGGGUCCCAUGGGUGCGGGUGAGAGGCCGGUGGCCGCUGUGCACAGAGGUCUGGAGUCCGGCUGUGCUGUCUGUGUCCCUCCUCUGCAGCUGCUUCGUCCUGAGCUCUGUGGGUGACUGGAGCUGCUGCCCCAGCACCUGGAGGCUGUUCGAGGCCAGCUGUUACUUCAUUUCUACCACAGUGCAAUCUUGGAACCAGAGCCAGCAGACCUGUGCUGCUUGGCAGGCCGAGCUCGCUGUGAUCCGCACGUCGGAGGAGCAGGAUUUCAUCACCCAGAGUCUGGAAGGCAGCUCUGCGUAUUACAUUGGGCUGUCAGAUCCAGAGGGUCACAGGCGCUGGCAGUGGGUUGAUCAGACGCCAUACAACGCAAGCGCCACCUUCUGGCACCCGGGAGAGCCCAACGGGCUGGAAGAGUGCUGCGUGGAGCUCAGCUUCCGGGGCGCCACGGGCAGCUGGGGCUGGAACGACGUCUCCUGCCAGCUGCCUCGCGGGUCCGUGUGCAGGAUGCCGGGGGUCGCUUAUGAGGGGGCAGCCUGCGCCGCACCCACAGACAGCUGGCUUAGGCCCUGCGAGCUCGGUGCGGUGCCUGUGCCCUUCCCCGCCCCCCAGGGGUAGAAUCGGGCGGGCACCGGGGUGGGGUACAGCACCUGCCUGCCUUCAGAUCCCA